AUGGCUACAAACGCAGAGGACGAGAAACAUUUAGGAUAUCUCAGACAAGCCCUUGAAGAAGCCCGAAAAUGCACACCUGUCCCAACAGCAUUUUGUGUUGGGUGUGUCAUCGUUGCACAUCCAUCUGCAUCGCUCAAAGGCAUCGAUGAAGACGAAUUGAUCAUCGGAAGAGGAUAUUCAAGAGAACUACCGGGAAACACACACGCAGAAGCAAACGCACUCGCCAAAGCCCGACAACUCGCGACUUCCCCCUCGACGAGCGAAACGUAUACCACUGCCAUCGUCGAGGAGCUCCUCUCUACUGCUUCAGUCUACACGACGCUGGAACCGUGUAGCGUCCGUACGUCGGGACUCGCUCCCUGCGCAAAGGCGUUGCUCGAUGCAAAGGUUAAAAGAUGCUACAUUGGUGCCGCUGAGCCACCAGACUUUGUAAACUGCGAGGGUGCGAAUAUGUUGAAAGAGGGCGGGGUCGAAGUACAUUGGAUAAAGGGACUCGAAGACGAGUGUCUGAAGACUGCGCGAGGCGAGUGGUAG